AUGGCCCCAAGAAAGCGCACCGCCAAGCAAGCCAACCUGGACCAGGAGUACAGGCUCUCCAUUUCAGAGUCUGUCCCGACCUCCUCAGCAAACAACGAGCCCUACGCCCUCAGGAAGCGGCCCAACCGGAUGCCAACACCCAAGGUUAGAACCAAAACAGCUGGAGAAAACACGGCCAAAAAUCCCGCGAAAGACGCACGUUCCCUUGUGCGAAAGUCCACCACGACUGGCGGCGUCCGGAAAAGCGAACGGGUUAGAAAGCCUCCCCAGCUUUAUGAGGCGCCCUCUCGUGAAGAGGAGCGCGCCCAGAGAGAACGCUUGGCUGCCGAGAGGGCUUUGAAGAGGAAGAAAUUGGCUACUAAGCAGACUGCGAAACAGACUGCGAAGCAGACUACGAAACAGCCUACUAGACGGCCUACGAAGCAGACUACGAAGCAGGUUACAAAACAGACUACGAAACAGGUUACAAAGCAGCGUACGAGACAGCCUACGGCAGAGCCUACGUGUGACUAUUGCGAGGAGAUGAAUAGGAGAUGCAUCAUAGACUCGGAAGGCUGCAAUUGGUGCAAUCGUGAUGGAAUGAUCUGUUCCCUAACGGACCCAGUAACCGGAGAGGUUGUAUACUACGGAGAAACAGGGUUCACUGGAUCGGAUUCAGACGAGGUCGACUCACAGGCAACAGUGACUGACGUUAACAUGAUCUCCUCAGACUCCGAAGACGAGCCGCAACAACAACAACAGGCCAACGAUGGUGAGAAUCCCGACUUCUCGCAAACACUAGGACGCACUGACGAGGCGAAUGAUGAAGGUCACGCCCCCAACCCGCCGCAGGCAGGAAUCGCCAUCCUCCAGCAGCAAAUCGCCCAGUUGCAGCAGACGAACCGGAACCUGACAACCCAGAAUCAAAACCUGACAGCCCAAAACCAGAACCUCCAGACCCAAUACGAUGACCUUCACGCCCAGCACGAGGCCCUCGUCCUGUCGUAUGGGUCCCUCGAGGCGACCCAGAACAUGGCAGCGCUGGACCAGGACAUGGAAAACCGAAGCCAAGACCUCCAGGCCCAGUUCCGUGACCAGGCCUUCCAGAACCAGUACCAGAAGGCCCUCGCGGCGCACCAGAACCUCGUUGCAUCGCAUCAAAACCUCCAGAUUCAGUACAACGCCUUGACAGACACGAACGAAAGCCUGCGCCGCCAGCUCUCAAGAUACACAUCUGUCCUGCCCGCACAGCCAGGCGCCAAUUCCCCCGGCGCACAAGGAGAGCGCGGAAUAAGCCCCUGGCGCCUAGACAUGGCAGAGUUUCUCGACCUCUCGCAGGCCGGGCCCAACUCCAACCUCCACGACCCCGACGCCAUCAAUGCCCUGCUCCUCGCCGAGCACGACCCCGCCAACCAGCCGGCCCGCUCAAUCGAGGACGUCGCCGGCCAGACCCCGCUAGACGCCCAGGAACAGCAACUCGCCGACCAUGCCUUCCGCGAAGGAUGUCAGGAUCCGAUGAUUUCUGGCGAGAUGGCGCCUUCUCCUGAUGAUCAGUCUAUGACAGAUAUGCCGGAUUUUUCUUAA